ACGUUUCUCUUACCACGUGCGUUGGUGUACGUGUCGGGGAAUAACAGAGCGGUCAUCAAACAACCUCGCGGCAGAGUUUGUUUAGCAUCAUCAGUAAACCGGAUUGGUCUGCGAUAGUGUUUGUUUACGCCGCCUUUGGCUAAUGCACGGACCAACCGACCAGUUUCUUCCGGCAGAUCAGCUGACUGGUCGCGAGACGCUCUGGACACAUUUACCAACGAAGCAGGCACGCGUUCGGGAUUCCCUUAGCUUCACUUAAUCGCAGCCGGUGAUCUUCAACAUAUCUCUCCGUAUGUGCGGCCAAGUUUCUUCGUAGUGUUAGUCGAACAGUUGAUGCCAACAUGGCCGGUCUUUGGUGUGGCAGUUGUCUGCCGUUGUUUGUGUUGGCACUCGCUUUCCUCAAGCCUUCCGCCCAACAAUGUGGCCAGGUGCAAGUUUUAAAACAUGGACUCAUCUUUGGCGGUUCAGCAUCCACGCCGGGCAUGUGGCCCUGGCAUGUAGCCCUGUACCAUCGGGAAUCCAUCACCAGAACAUCGUACAAAUGUGGUGGCACGAUCAUCAACCGUGACACCGUUCUUACAGCAUUUCACUGUGUGCUGGAUAAUCAACGGCCGAUUGCAGCGGGACGCUUGGUAGCUCGUGCCGGAUUGUUUGAUCUCGAUGUUGGCGGCAAUACGGUGCAGGAAAAUCGAGUGUUUGAGAUUAUCUCACCACCGGGAGCAAGUGCGCGUACGUUUGAUGACGACAUUGCCGUGCUGAAGAUGCACACACAGUUCACGUACGAUGACUACGUACAGCCCGUCUGCAUACGAUCGGUACCGCAGGACAUUAGUCAGCUGGUGGGUGCAUUCGGGACGGUGGUUGGAUGGGGCUGGACAGAACACAACUCGACCUCAGCCACACUACGGCAGGCUAACAUACCGGUGGCAAGUGCGGACGAUUGUUUGGCCAGUGAUCGGAACCUCUUCAGUCAGGUACUGACGACGAAGGUGUACUGUGCCGGGAGUCGGAACGGAACAUCCAGCUGUAACGGUGACAGCGGAGGCGGUAUGUUCUUCCGUAUGGGAGGUUAUUGGUUCCAGCGCGGGAUAACAUCGUUUGCCUCGGUGGACGAGAACUUGAGCGGGAUCUGUAACUCGCACGGUUACGUUGGGUAUACCGAUGUGGCGAAGUAUCUCGAUUGGUUGCGCGAACAGGGCGUACGAUUUGAGGAUCCAUUGCAGCGCGCCCCGAUAAGCCGGCCAGUUCCGACCGAUGGCAGUACGACGCUUCUGCGGCUAGCGGUUGACCCCAAGACGAAGAAGAUAUUGCAGCAGCAUAAGGGCAAUGUGUUGCUAAGGGUGCAGCUGAACGGCAGGAGGGUGGAGAGUUUGUUUCAGUAAGAGGAUAGACAACGUACGGGGGAAAUGGGUGACCUUGGAGGGGUGUGAUGGCACAUUGUCGAAAAUAGAUCGGAACUGGUUUGGCAGGUUUUGUGUUUCUGUUUACGCAUCCACCUCAUCCAGCUUGAAGUGUUCGGUUGUUCAUACCGCUAGACAUCCAACCGGGUACCAGCUCUUCUACAGUUCGUGACGGUGUUGGGAUUCGUACAGACGCGCAAUGAAAUCAAUCCUCGUGCUUGCAUCUGUUCUUCUUUUGAUGCUUGCAACGGAUGUAGCAACCACAACACAAUUCCGGAACCCUUUCGAAGCUGUCCAAGGAUGUCUACAGUAUGAUACCGUUCCUGGUUACAACGAAACAUUGGAGUAUUUUGCAACGGAUAACUUCAAACACGUCGGUCGCACACACAACUCAAAAUACAUUCGCGUGGGAAUGGUAGGCCCUACCGACGGUAUCAUACGCUUUGGGAAGUCUCGUUUCCCCUACGGAGACAGUGUAUCUGAAAUUUGCCUUUCCGGGUGGUCAAAUCAAAAGACGGAGGUAAACCGUCACACGCGUACCAGUGACAGUGAGUACGUCAAUACACCGUUAAAGAUCCAGCUCACACCCAACGUACUGUCCAAAACACGUCCCAUGAUGUUCCGGUUGGAGGUGUUUGAUAACGGGGACGUUCAACUAACGAAAGAUGGCGAGAAGAGACCGUUCCUAGAGUUUAACGAUAACCAUAGCAAGUUGGAUUUGGACUACAUAGCGUUUACUAAGUGGAAUCAUGAUCUUUUCUAUUACUACGACUGUCCGUUGGAUAUUGAUUCGCAUGGCAUUGACGACACCGUGUUACUUAGGUGUAAUUUGGCUUAGGUAAAGACUCUUCGUGUAGAUUUUCAGGUGAAAGUGUUAGAGAUGAAAAUGAGGAUAAAGCAUUCUGACAAUAAUAAUCACUUAUUUGAGUGUAAAUUCUCCAGAGGGUUUAGCUAAUUAAUGGUUGAUUCGACAUCUUCCAUAAAAUAUUCAAAUAUGUUCCGCUUCUCCUCAAACAACUGUUGUUUGAUUUGUGAACUUGAAUCUAAAAUAUGUAGUUUUUAUCAAUUUCAAUUGAAUAAAACUACGAUCACAAUACCCACAAAUUGUAUGCAGGUCCCAAAUGAAUCCAAAAUAUAAUUUCAGCCUUGUGAACGUCGGUAGAAUACAACUGCAGCUGCAUAUUGCACAGUUUGAUCCAUUCCAUUGAUUUAAGACCUUUUCCGUAAAUUAAAAAAAAAAUCGUCAACCACGCAGGCAACAGUUUUAUUGCGUACAGUACGUAGCCGCAAUGUAUACGCAGCCUCUCCGCACGAUCAGUUCUUAAAAUUAUCCAAUAUUGUUUAAUGCAAUACAUUAAAUACAAGAAAUGAGGAAGAGGGAGGACUCGGAUAAUCCUCGUCUCGUGCCGAA